UUUCCACCCCAAACCCCUUUAUUCCCAAGUAUCUAUCUUCUGUAAAUUCCCCCAACUUAACAAAUGUUGACUUAUUCCACACACAGAGCAAACCUCCCGAAGCUCAAACUGAGUUUUUCAUAUUCCAAGCAAAAUCAUCAGAAUACCACAACAUUUUACACAAACCCUCUUCAGUUUAUAUUUGGAGACUACUAGGGUUUGUAUAAAGAUAGCAAUUUUUCAUAUUCUUUUUUUGUUAAUCAUUCAUGGAGACUACUAGGCUUUGAGAGAGGGAUGCAGCAGCUAGGGCAGACAGCAGCUUUCAACGGUGGCAAGUUUCCAGGCGACAGAUUCUAGGGUUCAGUAAUUACUGAUUAGGGCAGGUUUAGACAUUUUUCUUUUACAAUUUCCCAGAGAAGUUGACAACAAAGAGUUUUUGGUUUUGUUUUCAACAGUAUGUUAAGGUAGUGGAUGUUUUUGUGCCGAACAAGAGGGACAAGUGAGGGAACAGAUUAAGGUUUGUCCAUAUGGCAUGAGUGUAAAAUGCGUCACAAAUGGUGAAAAAGCUAAAUGAGAUUUGGUUUGGGUUGUACAAGUUGAGGGUGAAGAUGGCUGAUAGACCACAAAAGCAAUUUUCAAGGCAGCCGAAGGUACCAGAUGUAGAAAAUGUGAUGAGGAAAAAGAGCAGUAUGACCAGAUUGGUGCAACUUGGGCAAUCUUAUGCAAAGGCUAUUGUGGGGAAGAUGCCGAGGCUACAGUGUGAUGAGAAUAAGGAGGAUGGAUCAAGUGAAAAGAAAAAUGUACAAGAAAAGAUGGUGGGUUGUAUACAAGAACCAGAUGAAGAGAUUAUCAUUGAUUUUGUUCCUACGGAGGAAGAGACUCAGUGGCUGGAAGGGGGCAUGGUUGCUGUUUUGAAAUCUUUAAUGUCAUUGACAAGUAUGCAAGAGAAAAAGGGAUGUGGAUGGAGGCCGAUUGAUGGUGAGUCGCUGGAGAACUCUAGAAGAGAUGGUGACUUCGGUCAUUAUAAGGAAAAUAGGAUGGUGAAUGAUAAUGGGCUGUUAAAGGAUAAUGGGUUGUUGAAUGAUAAUGGGCUUGUGGAUGUUAAUAGGUCAAGUGUAAAUGUUAUAGAAAUCUCAUUUAGCAAAAAGCCCAAGGACUCAAGUCUAAAAGAUGUAUCACGUGAUGAGGAAAGAAAGGCUGCAGACUUGUCAAGUAAAAGGCAUAGAAAAGUGGCAGAGUGCUAUCGAGAAGAAGUAGUGGAAGUCUGGAAAAAGCAAGCAGAUUGGGCAAAAGGAAGCGAAUCUCUUUUCGAUGGUUGUAUUGCUUAUCGAAAUCUAGUUAUUCAAUGGGAGAUAAACAUGCAAGAGGUAAAGAAAAUUAUUAGUAUCGAGGGAAGGCCUGGAAUGCAGUUUGAGGGUACUGAAAAAGAGGUGGAGUCUAAGCUCUUUAAGCUGGAAGAGAGAGAUCAUAUCAAGAGGCAAAAUUGGGGUUUAGGGAGUAUGGAAGAGGAGGGAGUUGGGAAGUUUAGUAUGGGUAGAAAAACCAGAUUUUCUAUUUCUACAGGAGACCAAAUUGGAAGGGAUGAGGGUGGUCGAUGGCUUCUUGCAAGGGAUUUCAAUGUUGUUAGUUGUAUUGAAGAAAGAAGGGGAAGGACUAGGGAGAGGGCAGAUAUGAAGGACUUUGAUGUUUUCAUAGAGACAGCAGGGCUAGUUGCUAUUAAGUUGGCAAAUCGAAAGUUUACAUGGUAUAGACCAAAUGGCACGGCUAUGAGCAGAUUAGACAGGAUAUUGAUAACUGUGGAAAUGAGCAAUAUGGGUGGCGAAUGGGUGCAACAGGGAUUGAAAAGAACUAUAUCAGAUCACUGUGCGAUUGUUUUGAAAACAAGGGCAACAUAUUGGGGACCCAAGCCGUUUCGAGUUUUAGAUGCAUGGCAGCAUCAUCCGGAAUUUAGAAAAGUUGUUGAAGACAAAUGGAAUGAAAUUGUUAUGGAUGGUUUUGCAGGUUACAAAUGUCUACAGAAAUUAAAACUGUUGAAACAAUUUUUGAAGGGUUGGAAUAAGGAAGUUUUUGGGGAUAUAAAAGCUCAGUUUCAACAUGCAGUUAACACGGUAACACAACUUGAUAUGAAGAAUGAAAAGGUUGCACUAGAAGAGGAAGAAUUGGAGGAAAGACAACAAGGUUUCCAUGCACUAUGGGAUAUUAUGAGGAAGAGGGAAGCUAUUUGGAAACAAAAAUCAAGAAGUAAUUGGGCAAAAUGGGGGGAUGCAAAUACGAGAUUCUUCCACAAAAUUGCAAAUGGGAGAAAGGCUCACAAUAAUAUUGCUGGCCCUUUGUGUGAUGGCAGGUGGAUUAAAGAGCCAGAGGUGAUGACGACAUGGUUAGAAAGACCAUUCUCCAUGGAAGAGAUUGAGGAAGGUUUAAAGAGCUAUGAGGGAACAAAAGCACUGGGGUCGAAUGGAUACAAUUUUAGUUUUAUCAAGUACACCUGGAGUUGUAUGAAGAAGGAUUUUGUGAGAUUUUUUGAGGAGUUUCACCAGAAUGGCAGGUGGAUUAAAAGGGCAACAAGUGUUCUUCAUUGUGGUGUUGGGGAAAUUCCUUUCAUGUAUCUGGGAAUGCCUAUUGGUGGGAAGAAUGGGAGCAAUAAGAUGUGGGAUCUAGUUCUGCAUAAAUUCCAAGCCAAGUUAGCCAUCUGGAAUUUAAAGAAUAUGUUGGUGAAGGGUUUUAGAUGGGUGGUGGGGGAUGGAAGUCCGGUUGGUUUUUGGAAAGCGGUUUGGGUGGGGGAGAAGAUUUUGAGGGAUUUGUGUCCUAGGUUGUUUCAAUUGGCAGUACACAAGUAUGGUUUAGUUAGUGAGAUGGGGGUUUGGGAGGAAGGUAGUUGGAAAUGGAAUAUAGCUUGGAGGAGAGGGAGACAGGGAAGAGAAAGGGAUUAAGAGUUGCUGUUGUGGGAGAAUUUGAAUAAAGUUCAACUUAAGGUAAGUGUUAAGGACUGUUAGCAGUGGGUGCAUGUUCCAGAUGGGAAGUUUAUGGUGAAAAAUGCUUAUGAGUUUUUGGAUUUACGAAUUACAUUCUUAAUGAUCAGCUAUGUAAGCUAAUUUGGUGCCAGCUAGUACCUUCUAAAGUUAGUUUUUUUGGGUGGAGAUUAUGUCUUGAGCGUCUUCUUGCAAAGUGGAGCUUACAAAAAGAGGGGUGGUUUUGGAUGGGGGUUUAAGGUGUGGUUUGUGUAAUGAGGAGGUGGAAGAGUGUAAUCAUGCAUUUUGUACAUGUAAGGAAGCUUAGUUAAUCUAGGUUGAGGUGUUGUCUUGGUGGGGUAUAAAGGCUGUAUUGCUAAAUAUAGUGGGGGGAUUAGUGGAAUUUUUUGUAUAUGGGCUGGGUAAGGUGAUAGGAAAGGAAUUGGGAGCUUGCAUUUUUCUUGUUACUUCAUGGUAUAUAUGGUCUUGGCGGAAUUGUAGAGUUUUUAAGGGAGAUGGGGUACCAAGGGAUGAUUUAUUUGGAAAUAAUUUAGGCCAAGACUUUUUUCUGGAUAAAGAAUAAAGUGCAAGGAUGUGUUUUCUCGCUUUGUGAUUGGAAGUUUAAUCCGCUUGAGACUGCUAUAGCUAUAAGAAACAACAAAAGGAUGCUGUGUGAGUUCCAUGUAAAUCAAAAGGGGAGGGUAUAAUGGGUUUGCUGGGUGGGUUGUUGUCGAGCACAUGUGUGUGGUCAUGGUAAUGGAUGCUAAACAAGUACUUUCUAAGUAUCUAGUUUUGCUGGUUGUAGUCUAAUUUUGUAUAUGAGUUGGAGUACCCCUUGUACUCUGUAUUAAUAUCAUUUAUUUCUUUUGCUAAUAAAAAAAUAUUCAUUAU